GAGUUAUCCACGGUUUUUUCUAUCUAUUUGAUUGAUUUUUGGUUUCAUUCCAAAUGAUGAUAAAAAUGAUGAUCGUAAGAAAAUUAAUCGGUAUCUUGAUCGUUUGCUCUCUUAUGCAAGGAAGCCUCAACAAAUAUUUAGAGGGUAUGAACGUGAAUUUAGGGGAUGCUUUGCAGUUUCUUAGAGAAUAUGACAAUGAAGCUUCUGCGAUGUGUACGAGAGUAAUAACAGCGCAAUGGAAUUUUGCGACGAACGUCACUGAAGAGAAUCGUCGAAGAAUGAUAGAGGAACAAUCAUUGAAGUUGAAAUUUGACCGAAUUUCAUGGAGAAAGGCCGUAAGUUUUGCUUGGAGUCGAAUAGGAGAUCCGUUCGCUCAAAGGGAACUCAAAAUGAUUGCUAUAAAAGGACGAAACUCUUUGACCGAUGAUAAAUUUAACGAGUUACACAAUCUUAUAUUGGAAAUGAAGGAAAUAUACGCGAGAACACGAGUGUGUCCUUACAGAGCUAUAGAAGCAAAUUGCGAUUUAAGUUUGGAUCACGAUGUGAAUAAGGCAAUGGCAAAAUCGAAAAACUAUGAUGAAUUAUUAUAUUAUUGGCACGCUUGGCACGAAGCCACUGGACCUCAAUUAAAGAACAAAUAUAUAAGAUAUGUUCAGUUAGCAAAUCAAGCUGCUAGAUUAAAUGGAUUUCAGGAUGCUGGUGAUCAAAUGAGAGAAUUUUUCGAAGAAGAAUAUUUCCAACAGAACACAGCGGAUGUAAUGUCGGCGAUUAUGCAUUUGUAUAAAAAUCUCUUCACUUAUGUGAGGACAAAAUUAUUCGAACGAUACGGGGACAAGGUGAGAAGGGAUGGACCACUUCCGGCGCAUAUCUUGGGGAACAUGUGGGCGCAAAAUUGGGAAGAACUUUACGAUCUGGUGCAACCGUUUCCGGCAAGUAAGAAGCUUGAUGUCACUUUGGAGAUGAUGAUUCAAAGUUUCACAUCUUUAAGGAUGUUCCAAAUAGCAGAGGAAUUUUUUACUUCACUCGGUAUGAAACCGAUGCCUCCUGAAUUCUGGAGAUUCUCCUUGUUUGAGAAACCUAUCGACAGAGACGUAAAGUGUUCUCCUAGUGCUUGGGAUUUUUGCAAUAGAAUCGAUUACAGGAUAAAGCAAUGUACGAGAGUCACGAUGGAAGAUUUACUAUCGGCUCAUCACGAAAUCGCUCGAUUACAAUAUUAUUUGCAGUAUCGGGAUCAACCAUUAUUAUUUAGGAACGAGGCAAUUCCAGGAUUUUUCGAAGCAGUCAGCGAUGCAAUCGAACUCUCAGUGUUCACGCCUCAACAUUUAAGUAAACUCGAAUUACACGACAAUACUACGGAUGAUUAUGGAAGUGAUAUCAAUUUCUUAAUGCUAAUGGCGCUUCGUAAAAUUGCCUACAUGCCAUUUGCUUACAUAGUCGAUGAGUGGAGGUGGUAUGUGUUCAACGAGGGUGUUGCGGAUAUGACGAACAAAUGGUGGGAGUUAAGAUUGCAAUACCAAGGAAUUGUUCCUCCAGUGCCACGAUCUGAAAGAGAUUUCGAUCCUGGUUCAAAGUAUCACGUACCAGCUGAUGCUCUUUACGCCAAAUAUUUUGUUGGUGUUGUUUUGCAAUUUCAAUUGUUCGAAUCUUUAUGUGAAAUAGCAGGUCACACUGGUGAUCUACAUACUUGUGAUUUUUACAGAUCACGAGAAGCUGGAAGAUUAUUAUCUGAUGUAUUGUCGAUGGGUUCAUCUAAACCUUGGAAAGAUGUUGUGCGUCAAAUGACAAGGGGAAAAACAAACAGAAUGGAUGCUGGAGCUAUAUUAAGAUAUUUCGAGCCCUUAAAUCAAUGGUUGAAACGACAGAAUGAAAUGGAACCGGUUGUCGGUUGGAUUACAAAUCGCGACGACACAGAAAAGCAUCUACAUUAUAGAAAUUUGUCGUGCAAUUAUGUCCCGUUUCUCAAUCAUAUUAAAACGUACGAAAUACCAUAUAAGCAUAAAUUUAGUAAAAAUAUUCUGGUGGCGCGAUAUUGUAACUUGAACGCUAGUAAGGGGAAUAUCCCGAAGAUAGAACCGGCAAAAAAAGUAUCAGUGUUUGCGAAAAUGAAGCAAAUGACGAAGGAUUAUUGGCAUGUUUUAAUACCAGUCCAUAUAGUUACUUCUAUAGGUUGGAUGGUCUCGUUCUAUUUUAUAAUUAAAAAUGGUGUGGAUAUUACAUACGUUAUGGAACUUAUGCAUUUUAGUAAGAAAUAUGUAGAAGUGGUAAAAAACUCAGAUGUUGGAAAUUGGGCAUUAGCAUAUCUUCUUUAUAAAAUAUUCACACCUGUUAGAUAUACCAUCACUAUAGGAUGUACAACAAUGGCAAUUAGACAACUUAGCAAAUCGGGAAUUGUAAAACCUCUGUCAUUUGGUAAACAAUCACAUAUGUCUGCAUAUGAAAUUGUGUCAGAAUCAAGUAAAACGACAAAAACAGGAUUCAAAACGAUAGAACGAAGUACGGAACCUCCAAAAACAUAGCGAAUAGACGAAGCUGUUUGAUCAAUGGAUAAAAAUUUAUAAUCCGAAAACCUGGAUGAUCGGGUGGAUGUAUAUUAAUUCUUGUAAAUGUGUAAACGUUAUGAUGUUACGAUAAAAGAAAAAUCUUGUAUGUAAUAUUAUACAAAA